AUGUCGAACCUCAACUCGUGGGAGGACGAUCCUGCCGCCCAGCAGGACGAGAACCUCUCCCAACAGGCCCAGCAGCAGCUCAACAUUAACCAGCAGCCCAACCCCAAUGCGGGGUCUUUCCGUCCCGGUGUCGCCAGCUUCCAGCCCGGCGCCCAGAGCUUCAACCCCGGCCAGCAAUACGGUGGCUACGUGCCUCAGUACCAGCAAUACUACAACCAGGGCUACGGCGGCGGCGGCUACCCUCAGUACGGAGGCGGCGCCCCUGGUCAGGGUCAGGGAUACCAGCAGUACGGACAGCAGGGAGGCUACGGUGGCCAGCCCGCCUAUAACCAGGGUUACGGACAGCAGCAGUACGGCCAGUAUAACCAGCAGCAGCAGCAGCAGCCGCCGCAACAAGCUGCGCCGACUAUUGCCAAGCGCGACAAUGCGCCAGCCGCCGCCCCUGCGGCUGCUCAGCCGACGGUCAAGAAGGAGGGCGGUGCCAAGGUCCUGAGCAUCGGUGGUGAGGCCCCCAAGCCCAAGGCUAAGGUCCUCUCUAUCGGUGCUGCCGCUGCGCCGCCCAAGGAAGUCAAGGAGGAGAAGAGGGAGCCUGCCGCUGCUGCGACCACUGCCGCCACCGCCGCGCCAGAGGCCGGCGCCAAGGCCACCGCUGCCAAGGCCAUCGAGAAGACUGGUGCGACCAGCAAGUCUGGCAAGACCUCUCCCGUCCCCUCAUCUGGCCGCUCGAGCCCUACGGCUGGUGGUCCCAAGGGUCCCGUUCGUGAUGCCGAUGCUGUCGCCAAGGAGCAGUCCGCCGACGUCGACGAUGAGACGCUGGAGGAAGUCUACGGCAAGGAGCACGUCAACAUUAUCUUUAUCGGCCACGUUGAUGCCGGCAAGUCCACCCUGGGUGGUUCCAUCCUGUACGCCACAGGCAUGGUUGAUGAGCGAACCAUGGACAAGUACAGGAAAGACGCCAAGGACCUCGGUCGCGAGAGUUGGUACCUGUCGUGGGUCAUGGAUCUGACAGCGGAGGAGCGAAGCAAGGGUAAGACGGUCGAGGUGGGACGCGGCUUCUUCGAGACGGAGAAGAGACGCUACAGCAUCCUCGACGCCCCUGGUCACAAGACGUACGUUCCCUCGAUGAUUGGCGGUGCGUCGCAGGCCGAUGUCGGUAUUCUCGUCAUCUCUGCCCGUAAGGGUGAGUACGAGACGGGCUUUGAGCGUGGUGGCCAGACGAGGGAGCACGCCAUGCUGGCCAAGACGCAGGGUGUUAACAAGCUCGUCGUCGUCAUCAACAAGAUGGACGAUCCUACCGUCGAGUGGUCUCACGAGCGUUACAUUGAGUGCACAACCAAGCUCGCGCAGUUCCUGAAGGGCACGGGCUACAACCUCAAGACGGACGUCAUGUUCAUGCCCAUUGCGGCACAGCAGACCAUGGGCAUCAAGACGCGGGUGCCCAAGGAGAAGGCGCCCUGGUAUGACGGCCCCUCGCUUCUCGAGUACCUCGACGGCAUGAAGACGCUGGAGCGCAAGCUCAAGGCGCCCUUCAUGAUGCCCGUCGCGGCCAAGUACAAGGAUAUGGGCACCAUCAUCGAGGGCAAGAUCGAGGCGGGCGUGGUCAAGAAGGGCAUGUCCCUCGUCAUGAUGCCCAACAGGCAGACGGUUGAGGCUACUGCGGUGUACGGCGAGACGGAGGACGAGGUCAACAUUUCGCAGUGCGGUGACCAAGUACGCCUGCGACUCCGUGGCGCCGAGGAGGAGGACAUCAUGCCCGGUUUCGUGCUGUGCUCGCCCAAGCGUCUCGUACACAACGUGACGGCCUUUGAGGCGCAGAUCCGCAUCCUCGAGCUCAAGAGCAUCCUGUCUGCCGGCUUCAACUGCGUGCUGCACGUGCACGCCGCCAUUGAAGAAGUGACGUUCGCCGCGCUGCUGCACAAGCUCCAGAAGGGCACCAACAGGAAGAGCAAGCUGCCGCCCUCGCACGCUAAGAAGGGUGACAGCAUCAUUGCGCGCAUGGAGGUGACCGGCGGUGCUGGCUCG